AUGACUGGAAAGGAAGAGCCAAAGGAGGUGCGCAAGUACCUGCAGCAGAGCCAUGACCGCAUCUUUGAAAACAACAAGAAAUGGGCCGAUGAGAUGCGGAACAAGAACCCAGGCUUCUUCAAGGAUCUGAGUGCAGGACAAGCACCCGAGUAUCUAUGGAUUGGCUGCUCCGACUCGCGCAUCCCCGCCGAAGCCAUCACCGGUCUCGAGCCCGGCGAGAUGUUCAUCCACCGCAACAUUGCCAACCUCGUCAACAACAUCGACCUCAACGUCAUGUCCGUCGUAAACUACGCGGUCCGCCACCUCAAAGUUAAGCACAUUGUCGUGUGCGGCCACUACGGCUGCGGUGGUGUCAAGGCCGCCAUGACACCAAAGGACAUGGGUCUGCUGAACCCUUGGCUCCGAAACAUCCGCGAUGUCUACAGAUUGCAUCAGAAGGAGCUCGACGAUGUUAUGGCCAACGGCGGCACAGAGGAGGAGAAGUACGACAAGCUUGUAGAGCUCAACGUGUACGAGCAGUGCCGGAACGUGGUCAAGACGGCGGCUGUGCAGCAGUGUUGGGCUGAGAACGAGUUCCCUGUCGUGCACGGCUGGGUCUUUGGGUUCGGAGACGGAUUGUUGAAGGAUCUCAAGUUCGACCACGAGGGCGAGCUUAAGGAGAUUCAGAAGAUUUACGAUUUGACAAAGGAUAUGUAG